AGGUCUAAGAGACUACGAAGGCUGGUCCUUUAGCUUUAGUGAGCUAGUGUUUGCAUGUGGAUUGUGCUGGCCAUUCUUUUUUAUGCUGUGAAGACUCCUUUUUGGUGUCAUGAAGCCUCCGGUUCUUUUUCUUUGCAUCCUGCUCUUCUGUCAGAGCUGGGCUUUUGAGUUUGUCAUUGAUGGCGAGUGGGAAGAUGAAUUGUCAGGUCCUUUGGAGCAGUACCAUCAGUCUGGGAGAUACAGGAGGAACAUUUUGACCACUGAAGAGGAAGAGGAUUUCGAGGCUAUCCAGGGCAAUGACAUCACUGUUAAGAGUUAUAAGGUCGAGAGCAGGAUUACGUCACGAUUCGUUCACACCACAGUCAAGAGCUCCGUUGUUAACUCGGGCCCAAAUGCUCAGAGCAUCGGCUUCAACGUACAGAUCGCCAAACGGGCCUUUAUUAACAACUUUACCAUGAAUGUAAACGGGAUAACAUUUGUUGGCUCGGUAAAGGAAAAGACAGUGGCGAGAAACCUUUAUGCUCAAGCAAGAGCUCGCGGAAAAGCUGCUGGUAUUGUCAGGACUAACUCACAAGCGAUGGAGACCUUCAAGACAGAGGUGCAUGUUCCUCCGGGUAGCAAGGUGGAGUUUGAGCUUCACUAUCAAGAAAUGUUGCAGAGGAAACUGGGCUACUACACGCACACCUUGCACAUCCAACCUGGACGCCUGGUGCCUGUGCUUCAAGUUGAUGUUUAUAUAUAUGAGCCCAUUGGCAUUAAGUCUGUCACAGCCCCUAACACGCUUGGAGAACAGUUUGCAGAUUUGACCAAAAUCACCCAGAGCAAAGACAAAGCUCAUAUAGUGUUCAAACCAACACUCCAACAGCAGCGCAAAUGUGAGACCUGCACAGAGAGCGCUGUGGAUGGGGUCUUCACCGUCAUCUAUGACGUUCAGAGAGAAAGCAAUGCUGGAGAGCUGCAGGUGUCUGAUGGUCAUUUCAUUCAAUUCUUUGCACCGUCUGAUCUCUCGCCUCUCCCCAAAAACAUUAUAUUUGUCAUUGAUGUUAGUGGCAGCAUGUGGGGAUUGAAGAUGAAACAGACAGUUGAGGCAAUGAAGUCCAUUCUGGAUGAUCUAUCAAUGGAUGACCACUUCAGUGUCAUAGACUUUAAUCACAACGUCCGCUGCUGGAGUGAAGAUCUUGUCCCAGUUUCCUCCAUUCAGGUGGAUGAAGCCAAGAAGUACAUCCAGAACAUCAAACCUAAUGGAGGUACAAACAUCAAUGAGGCUCUACUGCGAGCAGUGCAGAUUCUUGUGAAAGCGUCCAGUCAGGGAGUGAUCGAGCCCCGUUCUGUGUCUAUGAUCAUUUUGGUAUCUGAUGGAGAUCCUACAGUGGGAGAAAUAAAGUUGAGCAAUAUUCAGAAGAAUGUGAAGCGCGUAAUGAAGGAGGAGUUUUCUCUCUUCUCCCUUGGUAUUGGCUUCGACGUGGACUUUGACUUCCUGGAGCGAAUUGCCAUGGACAAUAGGGGCAUCGCCCAGAGGAUCUUUGCAAAUCACGAUGCAUCAGAGCAAUUAAAGGAAUUCUACAGCCAGGUCUCCUCUCCUCUCCUCAGGUCCAUCACUAUCCACUUUCCAGAGAGUACCGUAAGUGACGUGACUCAGAACAGUUUCGACAAGUUCUUCAGCGGUUCAGAGGUGAUAGUGGCUGGAAAACUUCAACCAACAGACCUCACAACUCUGCAAAGCUUCAUCACCGCCUCUGCUGCCAACAUGGACCUUAACAUCCAGACUGAGGCAGAUAUCAAGAAGUUGGACUCAGAGCUUAACUCACAACAGCAUUCCUUCCCCGGCUUUGCCCGACAAAUGUGGGCUUACAUCACUGUCAAUCAACUACUAGCCGAACGCUCUCUAGCUCCUUCUGCAAAUAAGAAGCGUAAGAUUACCCAGCGGAUCUUGGCAUUGGCUGUAGAGCAUCAGUUCGUGACCCCUCUGACUGCCAUGCUGGUGGAGAGUCAGGACCAGGAGACGGUAGAGCGUCUCAUCGCUGACUCACCCAAAGACUCCAAACAGGGCUGCUGCUCCGGUACUACUUCUUUAUCCGGACAAUUGCCACUAACCAACGUAGUUUACACUAACCCUCCAUGGGUUAUGCCUACAGCCCCUUCUACCCCCAAUGAGGCAGCCGGAGAACAAGUUCUCAGUGUCAUUCCACCUGUGAUCACUUCAGUCGACAAUGACCCUCACUUCAUUAUUCACUUGCCCAAAACCAACAUGGAUAUCUGCUUCAACAUUGACUCCAAACCUGGGCACAUCCUGAACUUGCUAUCGGAUACUGGAAAGGGAUUUACAAUCAAUGGUCAGCUGGUGGGGUCUAAGAAGAUAAAGAACAACAAAAUAAACACAUACUUCGGUACCAUCUCCAUAUACUCCAAAACAGACGGUGUGCAGGUCAUAAUAGGAACUGACAGGAUUGAGCUAAUGGAAGGCAUGAAUAAUCACUCUUUCUCUUGGGGAGCAACAGUGGAACUGAUGCUAAACAGAAUGAAGGUUGCCAUAGUGAAAGAGCAACAGGUUACUGUGACGAUUGGUGAAGAUAUUUCAGUGAUGGUUUUGUUGCAUCGGGUGUGGAAGAAGCAUCCUGUGCAAGUGGACUUCUUGGGCUUUUACAUCCCAAAUGAGAACGAAUACUCCUCGCAAGUUCACGGUCUCAUCGGUCAGUUCACACAGGAACCAGAGGUGAAAGUCUAUGCCGUGCACGAGGGAGCAGAUCCCAAAAAGAAAGAGGCUAUAAUGGAGGUGAAAGGCAACAAACUGGCUGUCACAAGAGGUUGGCAGAAGGACUACAGACGUGACAGGAAACGAGGUUCAGAUGUCUUCUGCUGGUUUGUCCACAACAAUGGGAAAGGUUUCAUUGAUGGGAGUUACACCAGCUAUAUCCUCCCUCGGCUUGACAGCUUUCUGCCCUCUCUCUAAAACAAUGUGUUAGAAUGACUGCUAAGAGAGGAACAGUCUGACCAAUAGAAAUCUGUUAUUUUAUACAAGCCAAAAUUUUAUUUUAUUCAUGCCUUGUAAUGAAACUUGCCAAGAAGGUUUUGAAAAAAUCUUUGUUUUUAAUACUAGAAGAAAAUAUAUACAAAAUAUCAGAAUAUGGGGCUGUACAUCAAACAAUCAUCUAAUAAUGACGUAAAUUGAUCUUGAACAUAUCAAUGUAUUGUUACCUAUACAUGAAUUGGUCAUUUAUAAUCUAUAAAUUUAAUUAUCAUAUGCAACCAUUUUCAAAAGACAUCCAAGCAUAAAAUAAGCACAAUAAAAUGGUCAAUUUGCUCCAUUAUGUAAAUUAAA